AAUGCACUAAGCCUUUCGCAUCAGCCAUGGAUCCGUGAGAGACGACUCGGCUCCUGCCAUGCACUUCUCAAUUCUCGACAGUGAGGAGUCCAAAAACAUUGCAGUGGUCCACAAGACCAAUCAAGGCUAUUCAGGCAAAGAUCUAUGGAAGCUCAAGCAAGAGCGCCCAGAGCUUUUUGGUGUGGCACCAGCUGCACAAAAUGGCAAGCCGGCACCGCCUGGAUUUGAGCAGCUGCGAGAGAUGCCAGGGUGGAUGUAUCACAAGGACAAGGCAUUGUACUUCCAGCGCGAAAGUGGUCUGCUUUACUGUCGAGAUUCUUCGACAAACGAACUGUACGAAUUGCAUCAAGGAGAAGACUACAGCGGCACCCUGACUGUUCGUGGUGACGCUGCCACAGUUGCCGCCAAGGGCCAGGCCAGUCGCAAUGUCAUCAUCAACGAUUUACAUCGUGCUGCAUCUUCCAUGAAGCUAGACUUCUCACACCAUGACAGCCCUGCUGCCAUGUUUGCUGUCUACGAUGCGACUGGAUGCAGUAAUGAUCAAGCAGAGGCUGCUGCCAAAGGACUCCACAUGCAGCUCUUACCUCGCUUAGCUUCUUACCGUGACCGGUGGCAGAACGACCGUUUGGAAGGGGCUCUCGCAGAGGCCAUUGAGCACUUGAGGACAGAGAUUGCGCCAGAGUCAGGCAUUGCUCUAGCAGUCGCUCUACUGCUUGGUGGAAGGCUCACAAUGGCAGCCACUGGUGGUGCAGUUUGCAUGAUUUUUGGGCAGGUGGGUCAAUCAGAUGGAAACGUCGACAAUUUGGAGGUGGUCGGAUCAGAGACCACCGAGCCCAGAACUCAUUGUGCCGUGUUGGAGGAUAGCCACUUGGGUGCAUUGCUGACUGUCAAUUCGGUCAGAAGCUCUGGACUCUCUGCAGCUCGGAUGCGUGCUCUUGCGAGAUCGCACACCAUGGGUGACAGACCACGUGCUGGUUGUGUGUCACUCUUGGAAGAGGCUCAGAAAGCUGGAGCACAACCUCCUUUGGUUGCCGCAGCAGUGCGUUUUUCCUGGUCCAGGAAUCAAACAGUGAAGAAGCAGCGAACUGAUCCAUCGAACCUCACAAAGGUUCGGUGUCGGCAUUUGUUGCUGCGCUAUGUGGGUUGCCAAGCACCUCUUGGUGAUAGGAGGAAGAAGCCCACCAGGAGUUCUGGUGAUGCAGAGUUGCAGAUACUGCGCAUUCUUCCAGAAGUUGCUCAUGGGGGUGCUGCGGCAUUUACGAAGAAAUGCAAAGAGUUGUCAGAGUGUGACACAGCAAUGAAGAGUGGUGAUUUGGCUGGUGACCUGGGCUGGCUGGACAAGGAUCCUGCAAAGAAUCGCAAAGUUCCAGCAGCUGUUGUGCGUGCAGCGUUUCUGCUAGCAGUAGGCCAAGUGAGUGAUCUAGUUUCAUCUGAGCGCGGAAUCCAUCUCAUCUUGAGAACGGCCUAAAUGGCAAAUGCAAGCGGUGAAAAAGACACGCUGCAAAUUUAUGUUUCGAAAUCGGGUUC